GUGACAAACAAGGAACAUGGGGGUCGACGGCGUGGGAGGAAGUGGGUUUCUCGGUCGCAUUCCUUGGACCCUGGCCCUUGAAGCUGUCGACUGGAUCCAUCAAAAAUGUUUAGUCGCAGGUGGCCCAAGCUUUUUGGUGGCUCCCCAACCGUUCUUGAAGCUGGCACUUUGGAUACAUAAUCCCAGCUCCCUUCUUCGAGACCCUUUGAAAGGUCCCCACGUUCGCAACCUCGUCGGAGUCCACCAGCAUCGUCGUCAUCAUCAUGGCAUCCUUUGCGGCUGCUUGCCGCGUGUCUGCGCGCCUGGCCACCAGAAGACUGCAGCAGGAUGUCACAGUUAAAAGUUUCCGAACAUCGGCCGCCGCCCUUGCGGCUCAAAACUUCACCAUGCCCGCCCUCUCCCCUACCAUGACCGAAGGCAACAUUGCGAGCUGGAAGAUUAAGGAGGGCGAAAAGUUUCAGGCCGGCGAUGUGCUCCUCGAGAUCGAAACCGACAAGGCGACCAUGGAUGUGGAAGCCCAGGAGGACGGCAUCAUGAUGAAGAUCAUGCACGGCGACGGAAGCAAGAGUGUACAAGUUGGCACACGGAUAGCAGUCGUCGCCGAAGAAGGUGAUGACAUUAGCGCCCUCGAGAUUCCCGCUGACGAGGUCUCCGCUCAACCUACCAAGGCUGCGGAAGCUCCGGAUACCUAUACUCCGGCUCCCCCAAACCCCUCCGAACCCGCCGAGCCACCCAAGUCCGACUCCACCCCCAAAGCCGCCGUUAAGCCCGGGCACAAGACAACCCACAGGACCUAUCCCCUAUACCCAUCUGUCGAACACCUCUUGAAGGUUAAUGGCCUCGACAAAUCCGAAGCCAAGAAGAUCACCCCCACCGGACCCAACGGACGUCUGCUCAAGGGUGAUGUUCUGGCUUAUCUCGGCAAAAUCAAGGCCGACAUUCCUGCCAAGAUUGAGUCCCGAUUCGAGAAGCAAUCCCACCUGGAUUUGAGCAACAUCAAGGUCGCUGCUGCGAAGCCUGCUCCUGUUGGAAAGUCCGCCAAGGAAGCCGCUCCUGCCCCUCCUCCGGCGCCCGUCAAAGCCACUGUUACUCUCCCCGUCUCCUUGUCAGCGGUUCUCCAGGCCCAGAAGAAGAUUAACGACUCCCUCGGUAUCUUCCUCCCUAUCUCUACGUUCAUCGCCCGCGCCACCGACUUGGCCAACGACGAACUUCCGGUGCCCAAGGGGUACCAACCCACAGCUGAUGAGCUCUUCAACCAGGUCCUUGGUCUAGACAAGGCCCACAGUGGAGCCAAGGUGUCCAGGGGUGCCUACGUUCCCCAGGUAGGCUCCCUUACUCCUAAGGGAGCUGUCCUUCCCAAGCCUACUGCUGCGCCUGUGAAGAAGGACAUCUUUGACAUUCUGGCUGCCAGCCCUUCACCCAAACCCAAGGCCACCGCCUCUAAGUUGUCCCCCGGUUUGUCGGCUGUUGGACCCAACGUUUUCAGCCUGCAGGUCCCCAGAGAUGAGGAGAAGAGAGCAAAGAUCUUCUUGGAGAGAGUGAAGCUGGUGUUGGAGAAUGAGCCAGGGCGGUUGGUGUUGUGAUUACAAACUCUUCUUUAUUUUGCGUUUUCAAAAGGAUGGUUGUGUUGGAGUUUAGCAUGAUGAAACGGGACAAGUAUAGAUGUGUUUAUCCAUGGGCGUGUUUUGCGUGCUUACUGGUUAACUUUGAUAUGUGUAGAAUGUAUGAAUGGACAUAUAUGACUGGCCA